CAUGUGGACAAACUUUUGUUUGAGAGAGCUCAUGUCGAGCAACACCUCACGUUAGAAUCGGUUCGAUUUCUCCUUGAAAUUUCGGAGCAACUCAUAAUUUCGUGAAUACAAAUAGUCAAAGUAUUUUUUUCAACAAUUACGUGGAAAAUAAUAAUGCAGUGGAAUUGUUUAUUCACGUGAAUAAUUCGCGAGAGAAGGAGAGAGGUUAUGAAGCCGGUAUUAGGUUAUCUCCCGAUCGAGAACAGUAUUUGUUGCUCAAUAGAUAUAUAUAUUUAUCAACAAGUUAUUUGAUAUUCAAUUUAUUUGUUUAUGAUGGAUUAUGAACAAUUGAAAACAUAUCAACAGCAGAUUUUGUCUCAGGCUCUCAAUGAGGGUAUCAGACGCAACAAUGAACAAGUGAAAACAUGGAGUGACUAUAAGAAGCGCCAUGAGAAAGUACUCGAGGGCCUGGCAAUGUUGCCCCAGGAUUUAUCAGUGAACUGCAUGGUUCCAAUGGGUAAACGUGCUCUAAUGCGUGGUAAAUUAGUUCAUACCAAUGAGAUAAUGGUUUGUCUCGGUGAUGGAUACUUUGCCAAGUACAGUGCCCCACAGGCCAUUGCUUUGUGCAAUCGUAGGAUCCAAAGGGCCAACGAAAUGCUGGAGAAUUUGGAGAAGGAGAGAAACUUGUUCGAGAUGAGACAGAUGAUUACAGAUACUUUCGAUGUGUUCGGUGAUAAUAAUAAGAAAGAUUUACAGGAGCACUGGGAUAAUGAGAAACUUGAGAAUUGGAGAGACGAGCACAGAAGACGUGAAAAGGAGUACAGACAAAAAUUGGCGCAAUUGAAAAAUGAGAAGAAAGAAGAGAUCAAAACAGAAGAGGAUUUGUUUAAAAGAUUAGAUGCCCUGGAACUUCAAGAGGAGCUAGAAGAUGAACUUUACAAGUUAGAAGAAGAUAAUCCAGAUUUUUACACUCUACAACUCGACGAUGACGAGUACUACGACGAAUCAGAAGUAGAUUCAGAGUCGUACUCGUCCGAUUACUCCGAAGAGGCGACAAAUGAGAUAAAAGAGAAGAAAUCAACAAAAUUAAAUCAUCGUCUUCAAGUAUUGAAUAGUGUGAAUACGUGUCAAUUGGAGACAAGAAACGAUGAGACCUCCAGUAGGACAAUAAACUACAUUAGUACAAAUGGGAAUGAAGCGUCGCCGGAUGAAUUUCAAUCAUGUGAUUUAGAAAAAUCUAAGGGCAGUACUGUAGAUAGAUUAGAAGUAAGGGAAAAGAAGGUGGCAUUUGCUGAGCCACAGGUGAAAUAUUUUAGUAAUGAAGAGGAGAUGGAAGUUAAUACUGAGAAGAGGAGGGUGUCGGUCAUAGAACAGAGAUUAUACGAAUACUCGAAGGAGGACGAUGAGUCUGAGGAUGAGAGUGAUGAGGAUGACACGAUUAGAAUUUAUAUUAAACAUUCGGAUAAAGAGUCUGAUGUUUCUAUUAGUCAGGGGACUGACAUUGUGAGUCCUCGCGACAUUUAUAAAUUAAUUCCAGGGCCAAAAUCUAUAUUGAAGAAAACAUUGAAUAACAGUAGUUGCGGCACACAAAUUUCACAGCUGGCUGAAGUCACUACUGAGGAAUCGAGUGAAAAUGAGUUGGAGCCGGUAUCUGCAUACAAUACAAUUGUGAAGGAAAUAAAAGAGCAUACAACGGUGAAUGCUCAAGUGGAGGCAGUGGAACCCCAGAAGAAGAGAGUUAGUAAAUUCAAAAUGGAACGAGCUGGACUCAAGAAAUGAAUGAUGUUGAUGAUAUGAAGUGUUUUUUUUAUCUGUCAAUGCA